AUGGCAGGAAUCAACUCGAAGGAGCCCAAUACAGCCCCAAAACCCGAUCGGUGGUACAAUCUAACCCUAGGCUCCUCAUUCAAGGAUGAACAUCCCUCCAAGUUCUGUACUUUACGCUAUGAAUUUAAGCCAGCUUCAAUUGAUAAGAACCAGCGUGGCACAUUGCACAAAAGUAAGGAUAAUAAGGUUACUGUUGAGUUCCAAAACAAUCAACCAGGGAAACCCAAGGUGACAUUUGAGGGCAUUAGUGAGGAUUACAAGGAAAAUGAUGCUGUUCUUUUCUUUGACGGCGAGUCUUUUCGGUUAGAGAGAUUACACCGUGCUGUAAAGCGGUUGAGGCAUAAUCGAAUGAAGGGUGAAUCUAUAUCAACAGUGGCUGCAUCAGCUGGACCUUCUGAUGCAAGUUCACCACCAGUUGGGAAAGUGACUAAGUAUCAACCUUCGAACAAAGAGGCAAUUCAUGUGAUGCCGGGGGAAGUUGAACGAAUUGAAAUUGGGGAUUUCAAAAGCUCAGAUGCUAAACCUAGAAAUGGGAAGGCCCAUGAUUAUCCACCAGUGGAAGAAAACCCUUCAAAUCCAUCACCAGACCUUAAGAAUGACGACCUCGAGGAGCAAUUGGAUAUAUUGAAUGAUGAUGAUGAUGACAACGUUGGAGCAGGAGCUAAUGGAGGAAAGUUUGAUGUCAAAGAAUUCGACACCGGUGUCGAUGUCAAAGAAUUCGACACCGGUAUGGAUGUCAAAGAAUUCGGCACCGGUAUUGAUAUAAACAUACCUCAUCAAACUGAUACAGAUGAUGAGAUCGCCGAUGUUGAUGCAAGUGAUGAUGAAGCUGAUAAGGGUGGCCGAAAUGCUGCAGAAGCCCUUAGAGCGCAGGUCAAUGCAGAAGGAGAAGACCAAACAUCAAGCUCUAGUAGCAGUGGUACCGAGAGCAGUGGUACCGGGAGUGGCAGUGGAAGCGGGAGUGGAAGUGGAAGUAGCAGUACUGAUGGUGAAAGCAGUGAUGGUGAUUCUAUCAACUCCAUCUGA